AUGGCCGUUAAAACGGAUAUGAGCAAAGCGUAUGACCGCAUAGACUGGGAUUUCCUGAUAGCGGUUCAGAGAAAGUUAGGAUUCCAAGAGAAAUGGAUAAACUGGAUACACCAAUGUGUAUCAACAGUCAAGUACUCGUACCUGAUAAAUGAUGGAGCCCAUGGGGCAGUGUUACCGCAGCGAGGCAUAAGGCAAGGAGACCCCCUCUCACCGUACAUCUUCAUUCUUUGUGGAGAAGUAUUAUCUGGUUUGUGUAGGAGAGCACAGAGAGAUGGGACCCUACCGGGAAUUAAAGUGGCGAGAGGCAGCCCUCCAAUCAACCAUCUCCUUUUCGCAGACGACACUAUGUUCUUCUGUAAGUCAAACAAGAAAAACUGUGAGACCCUGAACCAAAUUCUAAAGACGUAUGAGACUGCUUCUGGUCAAGUGAUUAAUCUAGGGAAAUCAUCAAUCACAUUCGCAAAUAAGACAAAUGCGGAAACUAAGGAGAAGGCAAAGGAGAUACUAGGGAUAAUCGUUCUGGGAGGACAAGGGAAGUACCUCGGACUACCAGAACACUUUGGCAGAAAGAAGAAAGAUCUCUUUGCGCUGAUUGUGGAUCGGAUUAGAAGAAAAGCAGUGAGCUGGUCUUCUCGUUUCCUCUCGGGGGCAGGGAAGAUGACUAUGCUGCAAGCAGUUCUCGCAGCCAUCCCAACGUACAUAAUGUCAUGCUUCAAACUGCCUGUGAGCUUGUGUAAAAGAAUACAAUCAGCAAUGACUAGAUUCUGGUGGGACGAGACAUCGGGAAAGAAGAAAAUGUGUUGGGUUGCGUGGAAAAAACUUACAAGAUCUAAGAAGGAUGGAGGCUUGGGUUUCAGGGACGUGGAGGCUUUCAAUGAUGCCCUUCUGGCCAAGCUAAGUUGGCGGAUCCUCUCCAAUCCCAACUGCCUGCUAGCCCGUGUCCUUAAAGGAAAAUACUUCAGGCAUACAGCUUUCAUCGAAGCGCAACCUCGGAAGUCUGCUUCACAUGGAUGGCAGGGCAUUCUAAUUGGGCGAGAGUUGUUGAGACAAAACCUAGGAAAAGCCAUCGGAAAUGGAGAAACUACGAGUCUCUGGACCGACCCAUGGCUCUCCCUGGAGACACCAACAAGGCCUAUGGGACCAGCGACGUCACGAACAGCCCAGUGGAAAGUAUCAGCCCAGUGGAAAGUAUCAGACCUCAUCGACCCCCACACCAAAAUAUGGAACAAAGAGAAAAUCAGGUCAGUUUUGCCAAACCUAGAGGAACAAAUCCUAUGCGUCAAACCGAGUCUUUUUGGAAAAGAAGACAAGCAUAUAUGGCUAGCAACAGAAUCAGGAGAUUAUACUUCUAAAACCGGCUACCAUAUCACGUUUGCAUCGCAACAUUCCGAGACCACUGCCCUAGAGAACAUCAAUGAAAGCGAAAUCAACUGGAGAAGAGAUGUGUGGAAUGCUCAUACCUCGCAGAAACUAAAAGUGUUCCUCUGGAAACUGACUAGUGGAGCCCUAGCCUUGGGAGAAAACCUCCUCAGUCGUGGAAUUGAAGCCAACGCGGUCUGCAACCGGUGUGGAGAGCUAGAGACACGAGAGCAUAUGCUGUUCCAUUGCUGGUUUGCUAAACAAGUCUGGGAAGCAACCCCAGUAAGGAACCUCCCCAUCUUCGCAACAGAUCUUUCUUUUAACACCAUUCUCCAGGAAGCAAAACGGUGGAUAUGCCUACCUCCAGUGGGACUCACGGGUAGCUCCCUGUUCCCAUGGAUCUGCUGGUUCUUGUGGCUCGCCCGAAAUAACCAGAUCUUCGACGAAAGAGGCUUCUCACCAUCGGACACAAUCACCAAAGCAAUAGCUAAGGCUCGGGAAUGGGAAGCAGCACAGAUUAUAGUACCGCCAAAGGAAAAGAGAUUGAUAACAGGAGAAGCCUUAUCGCUCCACCCACAAGCCAAGAUCUGUUUUGUUGAUGCAGCUUGGAAGGUGGAGAACCAUGCAGCGGGGUAUGGAUGGGUCUUCAAAACCCAAGCAGGCGAUGUAAUCAAGGAAGGCCACAAAGCGGAAGCUCCGGUCCGAUCCCCGUUGGCAGCGGAGGCUCUGGCGUUGAGAGAAGCCCUCUUGGAAGCCAAAUUGCGAGGAUGGACUAACCUCUGUUUCAAGUCCGAUUCACAGACGCUCAUCAGAGCCAUUCGAUCAUCCGACAAUAUAGCCGAGAUCCACGGAGUCCUCCAAGACAUCCAUCUUCUGGCUUGCUCAUUUGUCUCGAUCGCCUUCGUCUUCACGCCGAGAUCUAACAAUCUCCAAGCAGAUUCGAUCGCAAAACUUGCACUUUCUUCGUUUGUAUCGUUUUCUUCGUUUGUAACGCAACACGCGUAA